CCGUUUCAGUCACGUUAGGGCAUGUCGAGGUUCUUUCGUCACGCUGGAAGCGCUUCGGAAAGUUCGUCUGCGAGUAGCGACGACGAAGAUGUGACAGCUGUGCGGACAACUCUUCCUCAGAGAGGAGCUAUCUAUUUGAGCGAUGAAGAAGAAGACGUGAAGAGAGUAGUGAAAAGCCAGAAAGACAAACGAUAUGAUGAGUUGGUUGAGAUGACAAGGGCAAUUCGGAACAGUCGAAAGAUCAAUGAUGUUGCAAAAGUCACUCAAGGAUUUGACAAUCUAUGUCGAGCCUUUCAUAAUUUUAAAACAAAAGGAAAGAGUGUUAUUCAAGAAGAUACAUCUAAUCCUCGAAUUUUUAUCAAGGCUUUGGCAGAACUGGAAGACUUUGUCCAAGAGAUGUGGGAAAGCAGAAAGAAACUGAGCAAAAACAAUGCUAAAGCAUUGCCUCCAUUGAAACAAAGGUUACGGAAAUACAACAAGGACUUUGAGGAAGAUAUAGCAGCCUAUCGAAAGAACCCAGAGAGUGAGCCAAGUGGAUCUGAAUCAGAACAAGAUGCUGCGAAGAAAGAACAAAGUGAACAGGACGAGGAGUCUGACGAGCCAGCAAAGCCAACAGACGAACCAGCUGCAAAGCAAUUACAGAAAGUAAAGAGAGAGAGUGACUCUGAAUCAGACAGUGAGAAAUGGCUAAGCAGCUCAGACUCAGAGACUGAAGAAGAAACGGAAGGUCGCGUACUACAAACACUGACUCAUACAUUUUUCCUCAAAAAUCAAAGUGAGAGAACAACGAGCAAGAAACGGGAACGAAAAGUUCAUGUUGCUGGUGUUAAAGAUGAGGAAGAUGAAGAUGACAAAUCAUGGAAGAUUGUGCCUCCAGCUGAUUCUAAGAAAGACAAGGCUUUGUUUGCCAAAGAUGCAGAGAUCACCCAUGCUGUUGUUAUAGAGAAAAUGAAUGAGCUGGUAUCAGAGCGUGGAAGAAGAGGAACAGACAGAUUGUUGUUGUCUGAACAGUUGCAGUUGGUGAGGCAAAGAGCUGAUCAAGAACAGCUCGGUCCAGCUUUGUCGAUCAAGCUUCUUAUUCACUCUAUUAUUUGCAUAUUUGACUACAAUGUCAAAGUCCAGGCUUCCAUGGAAACAGAGACAUGGCAAUUAUGUCUUGGUAAAGUUGAAGAACUGCUAAAGGUAUUGAUCAGCAAUCAGGACAUUCAGCUGAAUGAUAAUAUUCCUGAGGAGUCUGAAAAUAUUGCAGAACUUGAUGAGCCCUUACUAGUAAAAGCAAGUUAUGUGGUGCUACUAGAGAGGCUUGAUGAUGAGUUUGUGCGCAUUCUACAAAAUACUGAUGCCCAUUCGACCGACUACAUAGACCGGCUAACCGAUGAACCUCAUGUAGUUCGAAUUCUAGAAGACGGAAAGUCGUAUAUUGAAACGAAGGGAACAACUGAAGAAAUGUGUCGUAUUUACUUGAGAGUGAUAGAACACUUGUACUACAAGGUUGAUAAACUCUCAUUACAUUCUGAUGAUCGAGUUGAUGUGGAUGCUAGUACUACAGUCGUGCAGUCAUCAGACUCUGCAGACUGUCAUCGUGUGAUGAUGGAUAGUUUAUGUAGAUUCAUCUAUUCUAAAGACACGACUGAUCGGAUACGAACACGUGCUCUUCUUUGUAAUGUUUAUCACUUGGCAUUACACGGCCACUGGUAUGAUGCUCGUGAUUUGAUUAUGAUGAGUCACCUUCAAGAGUCCAUUCAGCAUUCUGAUGUGCCUACACAGGUGUUGUACAAUAGAACAAUUGUUCAGCUUGGACUAUGUGCUUUUCGAAAGGGUUUGAUUAAAGAUGCUCAUAAUACUUUGCAAGAUAUUCAAUCAAGUGGAAAAGCUAAGGAGCUUCUGGCACAGGGUCUGAUGUCUCAGAAGUUUUCGGAUCGAACGCCCGAGCAGGAAAAAGUUGAGAAACGACGUCAGAUUCCUUUCCACAUGCACAUCAACUUGGAACUGUUGGAGUGUGUGUACCUCACUUGUGCAAUGCUUCUUGAGAUACCCAACAUGGCUUCUCAUGUUUUUGAUUAUAAGAAGCGCAUGAUUAGUAAAUCAUUUCAUUAUGUAUUGAGAGUUUCUGAACGAAGUCCACUUGUCGGUCCACCUGAAAGCAUGCGUGAGCAUGUUGUUGCUGCUGCCACUGCUAUGAGAACAGGCGAUUGGCAGGCUUGUAGAGACUAUAUGCUUGACGUAAAGGUGGGACUUUGCUAUCGUGUGGUAACUGAGCUUGUACUGACUGAUUGCUUGAAGGUAUGGAAUCUAUUCCUGAACCCAGAGAAGACCAAGGAAAUGCUAACAAGAAAAAUUCAAGAAGAGAGCUUGAGAACUUAUAUCUUCACGUACAGCAGUGUUUACGAUUCACUGAGUUUGUCAACUUUGUCUGAAAUGUUUGAGUUGCCACCUCCUGUUGUUCACCGUAUUUUGAGCAAAAUGAUGAUCAGUGAGGAACUGCAGGCAUCUUGGGAUGAACCAACACAGUCGGUCACUCUGCAUCAUGCUGAGCCAACUUGUCUUCAAAGUCUUGCUUUACAGCUUGCUGACAAGGUUGGUUCAUUAGUUGAGAACAAUGAACGAAUUAUGGAUAAUCGGUACGGUGGAUAUUGGUUCAAGCAGACAUGGCAGGGACAACAGCAGAGUGGACAGUCAUCUCAAAUGACUAGUGGACGCUCUAGAGCUGCAGUGCAUAGCCAGAAUUAGACGGUUUAAGCGUUUCACUAUUAUAAAUGUUUUUAUUGAUGGCUAGGCGUAGUGUUGUCUCAUCAGUAUGUUUGCUGUCAAUAUGAAGUGCUAAGAUUUGAGAUCGA